AUGUUGACUUGGCGGAAAGUGCGACAGCUGGAAUGCCUCGUCAAGCUCCUUAAACUUGGCAUCCAUGAGAACUUGGUUGAACUGAAUCUCUUCCAAAGUCAGGGCAAGAUCUGAACCAAGGUUGACAUUUGAGAAAGCCAAGAGAACAGCUGAUAUUGCACAAUGAGACCGGUUCCAUAGAGUCCGUACUCAGGAAUUGGCAAUGAGGACGACGCGAUGAGAGAGUGUGUUCAAUGGAGGGCUGGAAAGCAAUCACGAGUUUGUUGUGUCUUUACGGAUUCCUGAAGGAAUUGCGACCUUCGGAACCAUUCCUCACCGAGUAUCUGAUUAAUCCCAAAUGGAGCAAUAUCACACUCGAGCAGGCUUACUAUGACGUCUAUCCCGUGUGGACGUAUUCCUAUUUGGCCGUGUUGAUCCUAGUGUUCCUGCUCACCGACCUAUUGCGUUACAAACCCGUGAUUGUGGUUGAGGGUUUUGCCUACAUUGGAACAUGGAUUUUACUUCUCUAUGGGAAGGGAGUGCCCACCAUGCAGCUCAUGCAAUUUGUGUAUGGUGUUGCAACCUCGACAGAGGUGGCUUACUAUUCUUACAUUUACACCAAAGUGAACCAACAGCAUUUCCAGGCAGUGACAUCCUGGACCCGAGUGGCGUUGCUCCUGGGACGGUUCCUGUCCGGUUGUUUGGCUCAAAUCUUGACAUCAUCGGGUCUGUGCGACUAUAGAGGCUUGAACUUUGUGUCUUUGGCCAGUGUCUCUUUGGCUACCGUGGUGUCGUUCUUUCUGCCAAAAGUCACCAAGACCAUCUACUUCCAUCAUGACGAUUUUUCGCCAGUGAAUUCUCCGGAGAACGAAGCUCUAGAAGAUCACUCAAUAGGUUCGGGCCCCUGGGCCCGUGCUUUGGCCAACGUUCGAAGAGACUUUUGCCAAUCCUUUGGCAAUCUUUAUAUCCUGAAAUGGAGUGUGUGGUGGGCCCUUGGGAUGUGCGGGAACUUCCAAGUGGGCAACUACAUCCAACCCCUAUGGGAGACCAUCCAACCCGUCCAAGGGACGGACCAUAUAUACAAUGGGGCUGUGGAGGCCCUUACCACUCUGGCAGGGGCGUUUUUGGCGUUUGCCCUCGGAUUCGUGCGGCUCAAUUGGGUGUUGGUGGGCGAGCCAGUCUUGUUCCUGCUCUCGGUGUUGGAUGGCCUUUUAUUGCUGGCCAUCGCCGUGACCGAUGAUAUUUGGGUGGCUUAUAUCGGAUACUUUUUAUUUCGGGCUGGUUAUCAGAUGCUCAUCACCGUUGCCAGUUACGAAAUUGCUCGACAUAUUGGAGACGAUUGUUACGGUUUGGUGUUUGGAUUCAAUACCUUUUUGGCCCUGUUGUUUCAAACCGUUUUGACGAUGGUGGUGGCAGACGAUAUUGGAUUGGCCCUACCACCCAGAACUCAGUUCUUGGUCUAUGGCUGUUUUUGGAUCGUGAUUGGAGCCAUCUUUUUGAUCAUGUUUCUCCGAGCCAUGGUGACCCAAAGUCUGUUCCAAGAAAUCCAAGCUCAAGGCGUGUGGAUCCAUCCAGAGGCCUCGUCCAGUUCUUUGGAACCCAAUCGACGGGAAGUUCCCUUGGGUUCCACCGACCCUCAGUAAUCGACAACGCUUAGUUAGCAUUUAACCAAUUUGAACCCUAUGAACGUAGUACACCUAAUAGCUUCACUUUUCAAUAGCAAAAGAUGAUAUACUGUCUCGUGAGCGACGCUAGAUUUUUUCUUAUAUUAUACGUGUGUCAAUUACAAUAAAUUCCGAGAACGAGCUA